AUGAAUAACGACAACGUCAACCAGGCCCCUCUCGAGACCAAUACUCCAAUUAUACCCCUCAUCGAUGGCUCAGCCAUGGAGGUCGAUGAAGAAUUUGACAAUGGGUCCAGUCCCCCUUCGAGUGACAACGGGCAAAAAUCACCUCAAGUAGAGGAGCCCUUGUCCAAUGAGGACAUGCUAAAGAAAUUGCACGAGAAAAUGGAGCUCCUUGUCAAGCGCGAGGUCUACCUUGCUCGGCUGUUAAUCAAUACCGACGAGGACGAUGAGAAUACCAGUCUCCAAGAGAAUUACGACGCCGCAAUCAGGCAAAUGGCAGCAGUCGAUAAGAAACUUGGCAUGCUUGUCAGGGCAAUGGAGAAUGUCGCCUCGUUGAAUAGUCCAAGAACGCCUAUUGUCCGCGGUGGCCCAAAUAAUCAAUCCCACCAAGGUAACGUUCGGAAAUACAAUAAGAGUCCAUUCGCGUUGAAAAUAAACGAUGACAUGCCACGCUUCAAAGCUGGCGAUGACCCCAGAACGUUCCUGGAUAAUAUGAAAUCUAAAGUCAGCGCUUAUGUUGGUGAUGAUGUCUUUGCGCAGAACAAGAGCGCAUUACUCAAAUGA